AUGGCGGAGCUCAGUGUUUAUGAUAACGAUCCGACCAUCUACCUGUUCACCUCCCUGACCGCCGGCUCCUCCCACAUCGUCACAGCUACCUCGCGAAUUGAAACAAUCCUACGAGCGAACAAGAUCCCGUUCAAAGGAGUAGAUACUGCGACUGAUGAGCUCGCAAAGAAGCUAUUCCAGCGGAGAGCGAGCGGAAAGAAGCUCCCUCUGAUAGUCAAAGAAGGAUAUGUCUUGGGUGGCAUUACAGAGAUCGAAGAAUGGAACGAAUACGAUGAGAUCCGAGAAGCGUUGGGCGUCACAUCAGCCUUCACGCCCUUCCCUGCGAAACCCGGGCCCCCGCCUAUGGCUGCACCAGCUACCACCACCUCUUCCUUCUCAUCCAUAAGCACAGCUGCAAAGAAGGAGAAUGUUGUCACACCUAGUCUGGAGACAAACCUGGCGCUCCGGGAGCUAGGUGCUGAAGCCGCGAAGAAGGCCGCUUCGUUGAAGCCCGUGCCAAGUAACAUCAAAACUACAAACCCCCUGCUGGCAGAGAAGACGAACACACCCACCUCAGCGACGUCGAAAAAGAGCCCCACAAAAGAAGACCCUGGUAGCAUCCUCUCGCCGAAGUCUGUCCCACUACCUGAGACGCCGAAGCUUGCAACGCCUGCUACACCGACCGCGACUCAAGACACAAAGCCUGCUGUCUCCACUACCAAAACAGAAGCCAAGCCUGCUACCUCGAGUACGUCGACCAAAGACGCGAAGGCUGCUGCACCGAGCACGAACAAAGACACCAAAGCAAAGGACGUAAGAGGAAAAGACGCAAAGGCAAAAGAUGCAAAAGCAAAGGACAGCAAGACAAAAAAUACCAAAGCAAAACCCACAUCCUCAAAAGAUGCAAAGUCCAAGUCAACGAGAAAACCCACGGGAGGUCUCUUUGGCUUGGGAAAAGCUCCAGCAAAGUCAAAAUCGAAAUCCUCAAGUAGCAAAGACACAAAGAGUAAAGAUGCAAAAUCAAAGAGCACGAAGGGUACAAAAGCAGCUGCGCAACCGAGUAUCCCCAAGCUUUCGGAUCUGCAGAAGCCUGUACAUGGGCCCUCCUCGAUGCACGACGAUGCGAAGAACCCUGCGCUUAGUGCUGGACCGAUAGAUUCGACAAAGGACGAAGAAAGCGAAGAAGAAGAAUCCGAGGAGGAGAGUUCUGAGGAGGAAGCUGAUGCGAAGGAGCCAGCUACUGCAGCCAAGGUCCCAGGGAAAAUAGAGAAGAAAGCGACUGUAGCUGCGGAAGAGAGCAGCGAAGAAGAGGAAGAUAGCGACGAAGAGGAAGAAGACAGUGAAGAGGAGGACAGCGAGGAUGAGAAGAAACCUGCACCGUUGGCUGCAAAAGGGAAAGCAGCUACACAGGCUAAGGAAGACGAAACAGAAGAGAGUUCAGAGGAAGAAGAAAGCGAUGAAGAGGAAGAGACCUCAGAGGAAGAGGAAGCGGAUGUGCCAAAGACGCAGAAACAGAGUGCUAAGGAUGCCAGUAAAGCUGGUGUGAGUGUGAAGGACUAG